AUGAAACAACUAACACAAAAAAUAACAGAAAGUGAAGAAGUCAAAUUGUUCUGGAAAACAAUAACUGCUGAGAAGAAAUAUAGGGAACAGUUAACUAAUAUCAAAGCCAGUACUUCAUUUGAAAGUGAUGUUCUCAAGAUUCGUGGGAAAAGAUUUGUUGAAGAAAUUGAUGAUGUGGCUCGACGAGAUGUAAAGAGAGUGGAACUUGGAAAUGACAAUGAAGAUAUUAGUACACCCACUAGAAUUAAAUUUAAUGCCCAAAGCGAAAAAGUAAAAAAUGGAGAAUACGAGAAAGUGGAGAUCGACGAGAAGGAACAAAUAACAUUUUGGACAGGAAAUCAUGAACAAGCUAACAACCAAACAAAACAAAAGUUAGAAUUGUUCUCAACUCCUCAUAAACCGAUUCUUACACCACAUAAGUUUAGUAUGAUAUCUCUUAAAGUUAUCCCGGGGUUUAAAUCCCUUAAAAAUAUUCUUAAAAUAAGAUAUCCUGAGAUAGUAAACGAGAUAGAAACUUAUGAGGAAGAACAGAAAAGGCUAGCUAGCCUAGGAACAACUCUUAAGGUAUGGCUGGGAAAAAUUUUAUCAUCAACCACUCCAGAGGAGUUAUAUAAAUGCCUUACGGAGCAAUUGCAAGGCGAAAAUAUCACAGACCGAGACAAGAAAUUACAUGAAAUAUUUGAGUUAACGUUAAAGGAAUUUUAUUUAAUGAUUAAAUACAAUCCAAAACAUGAUCUCGUAAGACAUAAUUCGGAGAGAAAAUUCCUCGUUGAAAGGGUGUCAACACCUUUUAAACUCGUCGAAUAUGUGUUUGGAACCAUUACGACAUACUGGAUUGAAAAAGAAAUAAUGUCAACAAAGGCAACAGAGUUCGUAGAUAACCCAAUUGGUACGCCAGUAUCCAAAAAAGCUGAUGCACUGGCCACAGAUCUUACAAAUAAUAUAGACGUGAUGAAUAUGGAAUCAUCAGGAGGUCCCUUUCAACAAGAUAGAAAACAUACUCUCGAGGAUUCAGAAAAGAUCUCAAAUACUGGAGUAAAUAUUCUUCUUACAAGUCUCCGAAAAUAUCUUGGUGCUAGUAUUGAGACCGCCAAGAAACUUAAAACAUUCAAUAUUCAAAUCGUUG